AUGCAUGAAUGCUUGCCGGCUUCUUUGCUCAAGUGCUUUGCUGACGCGUUCUUCCGUCUGGUUGCCUUCACAGCCCCACCCACGGUGCGGAUCAUCCACUCGGGCCUGGCGUGCAACAUCGAGGAGGAGCGGUACUCCGAGCGUGUGUACACCAUCCGCGAAGGGGAGACGCUGGAGCUGACGUGUUUGGUGACAGGCCACCCGCGGCCCCAGAUCAGGUGGACCAAGACAGCAGGAAGUGCCUCUGACCGGUUUCAAGACUCCAGUGUCUUCAACGAGACGUUGAGGAUUGCGAAUAUCCAGCGGCAUCAAGGGGGACGCUACUACUGCAAGGCCGAGAACGGCCUGGGCUCGCCGGCCAUCAAGUCAAUAAGAGUGGACGUCUACUACCUGGACGAUCCGGUGGUGACCGUCCACCAGAGCAUCGGCGAAUCAAAAGAACAGUUUUACUAUGAGAGGACGGUGUUCCUCAGGUGUGUGGCCAAUUCUAACCCGCCUGUUCGGUACAGCUGGAGGCGAGGGCAGGAGGUGCUGCUGCAAGGAUCGGACAAAGGGGUGGAGAUUUACGAGCCCUUCUUUACCCAGGGUGAAACCAAGAUCCUGAAGCUGAAGAACCUCCGGCCUCAGGACUACGCCAACUACAGCUGCAUCGCUUCCGUCAGGAACGUCUGCAACAUCUCGGACAAAAUGGUGUCCUUCCGGCUCUCCAACAAAACAGCCUCUCCCUCGAUCAAGCUCCUGGUGGACGACCCCAUCGUGGUGAACCCAGGGGAGGCCAUCACCUUGGCGUGCGUCACCACAGGGGGCGAACCGCUCCCGACUCUCACCUGGGUGCGGUCUGUCGGAGCCUUGCCCGAGAAGACCGUCCUCAAGGGCGGAACCUUGACCAUCCCCACCAUCAGCUCCGACGAUGCCGGCACCUACAGCUGCAUCGCCAACAAUAAUGUCGGGAAUCCUGCAAAAAAGUCCAUCAACAUCAUUGUGCGAG